AAACUCUCAUUCUAAACAUGCUGGCGUGGAUUGUGUCGGGUCUCGACACAUCAGACCUUGUGGUGCUCACUCUGCUCGCUGGUGGAGCAAUUAUAUUCCUUUUCAUGAAGGUUUUCAAUCAGCAACCAUCGUCUAGCAGAUACUCGCCAACCGUAGCAUCGGUCACCACGUCAGCUGCGGCUUCGAAAUCGAAUCAAUCAUUCAUUGAUCGAAUGAAAAAUGAGAACCGACAGGUGCUUAUCAUGUACGGAUCUCAAACUGGAACAGCUGAAGAAAUGUCUGGACGUCUUGCUAAAGAUCUUACUCGUUACACCAAGAAGGCUGUUGUCGUUGAUCCAGAAGAUAUUGAAUGUGAAGAUUUGAAUCGUUUGAGUGAAGUUGAGGAUGCUCUUUUGGUACUAUGCAUUGCCACAUAUGGAGAAGGAGAUCCAACUGAUAAUGCAGUGACACUUGUUGAAUAUUUGAAUGCUGGAGACUGUGAUCUGUCGGGUGUUCGAUUUGCAGUUUUUGGACUUGGAAAUAAGACUUAUGAACAUUUUAAUGAGAUUGGAAUUCAAAUGGACAAACAACUUGAAAAACUUGGAGCCAAGAGAAUCUUUCAUUUGGGAUUAGGAGAUGAUGAUGCUAAUCUUGAAGAAGAUUUUAUGAUUUGGAGAGAAGCUUUCUUGCCAAAAGUUGCUGAAGAAUUUGGAUGGGAGUUGAACACAGAGGCCGAGACAAUGAGACAAUAUCAAUUGGAACCAGUUGAAGAAGGAAAAGCUCUUUUCAAGGGAGAAUUUGGACGACUUGGAGCUUAUGAACGUCCACGUCCACCAUUUGAUGUCAAAAAUCCAUAUUUGGCUACUGUUGCGAUCAAUGAUGAACUUCAUACCGAACAUUCUGAUCGUAGUUGUAGACAUAUUGAGUUCUCUGUUGAAGGAUCCCGUAUUCGUUAUGAAGCAGGAGAUCAUCUGGCUGUCUUCCCAACAAAUGAUCCAGUUCUUGUUGAUCGUCUCAUUAAUAUGCUUCAAUUCGAUCCUGAUCACGCAUUCCGUCUUGUGAACGUUGAUGAAGAUGCAUCAAAACGUCAUCCAUUCCCAUGCCCAACCACAUUCCGAACUGCUCUUUCUCAUUAUGUUGAUAUUUGUGCUCCAGUCAAAUCUCAUGUGCUCAAAGCAAUCAGUGAAUAUUGUACGGAUGAUACUGAAAAGGAAUUCCUUAAUAAGUUAUCAACUGCCAAUGAGGAGGGCUUGAAAGAGUACGCCAGAUACAUUGUCAAAGAGCGUCGUUCAAUUGUCGAUGUAUUGACUGAUCAAAAGACAUGUAAACCACCAAUUGAGUAUCUUCUUGAACUUCUUCCACGUCUUCAAGCCCGUUACUACAGUAUUGCUUCAUCUCCGAGAUUAAAUGAGGAAAAGAUUGCAAUUUGUGCAGUUGUCACUAAAUAUUCUAUUGGUGAUCGUGAUAUCAAUGGAGUUUGUACAAGAUAUUUGACCACCAAGGACGCCGGAUCGAAAUCUCCAGUUUUCGUUCGUAAAUCAACAAUGCGUCUUCCCCACCGUACCACAACUCAAGUCAUUAUGAUUGGUCCCGGAACAGGAUUCGCUCCAUUCCGUGGAUUCCUCCAAGAUCGUCAAUUCCACAAAAAUGCCGGAAAGGAAAUCGGAGCAAUGCAUUUGUAUUAUGGAUGCCGUCAUCCAGAUCAUGAUUACAUCUACAAAGAUGAGUUGGCAAAGUUCCAAGAAGACGAAGUGCUCACACACUUGGUUUGCGCUUUCUCCAGAGCUCAGGAACAUAAGAUCUACGUGCAAGAUCGCUUGUGGGAGACUCGUGAUCGUAUCUGGGAUGCUAUUAACGUUGGAGCUCACGUCUACAUUUGUGGAGACGCCCGCAACAUGGCUCGUGACGUUCAGGCAACACUUCAGAAGAUUUUCAGAGAAAUCGGAGGAAAAUCUGAAACGGAAGCUGUCGCCUACUUCAAAGAUAUGGAGAAGACAAAAAGAUACCAAGCUGAUGUGUGGUCAUAAUUUUCAAAUUUCAUUUUUGUUCAGUUUUUUUAAAAUUUUUCAGUAAUUUUUCUGUGAUUUAGACAAAAUAUUGCAUUUCCCCCUUUUCCCAUUUUUCUGUGAUAACCUCCCACCCAAUCGCCCAGCUCUUUUCAACCCAAAACAGAGAAAAAAAAUCAUUCGAAAUUCGGGUAUAAACUUCGCCUCUCUUCCCUAUUUUGCACCCUUUGUCGCCCACUAACCCACUUUUCUAGUUUUUUUUUGUCAAAUAUAUCACAAAUUUUCAUUGAAAUAAACAGAGUCUACAAG